AUGCGUCAAUUCUCCCUCCCCAAGGCAAUCGAAUACCUGAAAACCACAGUUACUGUAAAAGAAACAAUAACCAUCUACGCUACCUCCACACCCGUUGUGCCCCCUGGACAAGAGCAGCCGCAAGCUCAAACACAGAUGGCCUCCUCCUCCGCAUCCCCGUCGUCUGGGUUCAUAGUAUCGACUCGCCCGUCUCCACCUCAAUCCUCGCCUUCAGCACCAGAACUUCAACCAGAAAUGACUCCAGGAGCAGACUGUGAUUUAAACGAUCAAGCUGCUCCGUCCCAGUCACCAGGGCCAUCCCCUCCUCCAGCGGCACCGAGCAAAAGAGCUUUCCGAACACUGAGCUCCCGUUUUCGAAGGAACCUGGCUGAAAUCCUCUCCAAUCGUCAGAUUGAGUGA